AUGAGCAGUACAUCGUCUAACACCUUUAACGUCUUCGCUGGUUUCUUAACCGCCAUCCUCAUCCUGGUAUUCUGUUUCCUGUAUGGAUACCUCCGAUAUAACACUUCAGCGUCAAGGGAUGAGAACGUCCGCACCGACAUCCCAGUCGAGCGAGGCGAAGAAGACAUGGAAGGAGAGGUUCGGGUUGGCGGAGUUGAAGAGCAAGAUGAUGCUGACAGAAGAGAGCAGCGGGUCCUCACAGAUGGGAUUCUUUGGGCAUCUGUGGACCCCUCAGAUGAAGAAUACAGGAUCGCUGAAACAAGGGUCGACCCAAGCACAGGAGGAACUAUCGUCGGCCCAGGAACUCAUCCCCAUUUCACCUGCCUCUACAUCAGCACCAGCAGCAGAGAAGAAACUUUUAUGGCCUACCACGGAUUCCCCCUCUGUGCCCCAGAUCCAGAUGAGGUCCCCGAGCCAGAAGAGUUUGAUGCCUACCAGCAUGACUGGGCACUCAUGGAUGCAUGGCACCAAGCCAACCGGCUCCCCCCACUCAAGGACAGGAAGAUACCAGAGUUUGACCUCCAGUAUCCAGACUCACCCACUAUCCCCAGCUUCCCGGAUCUCAGCCUCACUACUGGAAGAAGCAAUGCCAUGACAAGAGGAGAAGACAUGAGACCUGACCCCCAAGACACCUCCAGCUCGGACCCAUAUGACUCAUGGAGUGCCGCGGAGACCUAUGCUGCCAGCUUCAAGCCAUUGCUGAGGACCGAAGAAGGGAUUAGGAGACUCCAGAACCCCUCGUACCCUAUGUCAGGUGGACCCUUGGAGAAUACGGAGAAGAGCCAGAACUGGCCAACUUCUUCUUCCAUUGACCUGUCCAUUCAGAGUGGGACAUACUAUACAGAAGGUUCCAGGACUUUGCCCGGGGGAUACGAAAUAGGAACUGGGCCCUCGCUAGAAGGGGAGGUGCCCACGUACCAGAGGGACAAGAAUUCCCCAUACUACCAUGACCCAAAGACCAGCCCCUCUAUUUCUGGCCUAGAAAUACUGAGACCACCUGCUGGAACCACCUCUUUCCAUGGGAGCAUGCCCAUAUCACCAACUUCUGCUACUGGUUCCAGGGGCCCAAUACCGAAGAAUCUACACCCUACCCCAGAUCAACCCCCGAACCCCGCCAUGACAAAGGCAGUGACUGAGAUGGAUUGGGAGGAGCUUCUGGAAUGGCAGGAGGGAUCCCUGGCCAAUGAGGGGUCAUAG